AUGAUGGACCCCCGGGUGUGUGCUGGACAGGGGAAGCCCAACCUGUCUUUUUCCAUUGAAGAAAUCUUAAAGAAACCUUCUGCCAGCACUGCCCUAAGCAGUGAAACCAGGAAGAGAAGGAACUACGCUGAGAGACGUCCAUCCUUAAAAGCAGGGUCACCACUGGCUGUUGAUUCCAGCAGCAGGAGUCAGUUAGAAUGUGACUUAUCUUCAGCCAGAAUGCUUCUCCCAACCACAUGUGCUACACCCAUGGCCAGAGCAAAGAGAGUGCAGGCAACUCACUGCAGAAGACCUAGAGGCAGCCCAGUGUCCCUCCUGGGUGAGGACAUAGGACGUGAACACCUGGAAGGCAAAAGAAAACAUGAGGAAGAGGAAGAUCAGCUGUGUGAUUUCCCAGUGGACCAUCCACUUCAUGUUGAGAGGAAAGGGAAACGGAGAAUCCGGACAACAUUCACAGCUGAGCAGCUCCAGGAACUGGAGAGGAUUUUCCAAGUGACUCACUACCCAGAUGUCCAUAUCCGCAAUCAACUGGCAGCAAAGAUAAAACUCCCUGAAGCCAGAGUUCAGAUCUGGUUCCAGAAUCAGCGAGCAAAGUGGAGGAAACAUGAAAAAUUUGGCAACUUUGGUGGCCUCCAGCAUCUGACAGAAGUUGACUUCAUUCCUGCUCCCAAGUCAGAUUUCAUAGCUCCUAGCUUAAUGCCAAGAAAGCUCUCUGCUUCCUUUCCUGCUACGGGAUACUACUCACCACUGCAAGGACAGCUGACAACUGCCUGGCUGCCCAGCAUGCUCUCUUUCUCUCCCCACCACAUGGAGCUGCUGCCCUUCCCAGAACCGUACUUGGUCUUCAAUGUCCUCCCCCCUUACGGCUCGCCACUACCCCACAAGCUGGAAAGGAGCAGGAUCUGUGCCAGCUCCACAUAGAGGAGGACAUGGGGGAGUGGGGGAGUUUGGGGGCAUGCCUUCCUUCCUCACAUCCAUUUCGGAUGUGUGCGAUUCCUCUCCUCGAACAAACCUGAUGGGACGAUGGCUGGCUGUGGUGCAAGGUCAGCAUGCUGCAGGACUGCUACCAAGAGUUGCUGCCACCUGGAGAAUGUGGGCAAGAGUCACCAAAGACCAGGAAGGAGCUCUUCAUCUGCCUGAGGAGCAGCACACUCUGUAGAAACCCAGCCAUUCAACUGAGCACCUCUCCCCAGGGGGACGGUGCACAAAGCAGCCCUGCGAAAAGACUGGGGUUUUACUCAGCUGUGAGACAACACUGGAUGACCCUAUUGCACUGGUGAUGUCUUGGGGAAGGAAAGAUGCCUGUGAUAAAGUGUGCAUAGCCCCAAGAUCCAGCCAAAAGGGCUUUUCUCUGCAGGUUUGGGCCGCUUUCCUCAUACAUCCUGGUCCUCAUGCACUGGAGGUUGCAAAGAACAUGUUUAGGUCAAAAAUCAAACUUUCAAGAUACUUUUUUUUUUUUCCCAAGCAGUUAAUGAGGGAGGGGGGUGGAUUUGAUUUGCUAUCUGUUUUUUGACUUGAAUAAAAGGGCACAAACACAGUUUGAGCUGAAAUAUGACAGUCUGAGCUCUGGAUUUGGUACCGUGAGUCUCUGGGGGCAAGAGAAUUCUUCAGCUGGUUAAUUAAAAUGCUUAUGAGGAAGCCUCUCAUUUUUUGACCUGAAUUAAGAAAGCUCCAAAACCCCAUCAGAAACAAUAACAAAAAGAGACAGCCUGAGUUUAAUCUGCUACCCUUAAUAGGAUGAUAUGACCCCACAGUUUAGUUUAAUUGUAGAUAUAUAAUAGGAUCGGUCUGCCCACUUACAAAAUGUCUCUAUGCCUUAUUAUUUACA